AUGGCCUCUCCAAUUCGGCCUGCAUCCCAGGGAACAUAUGCCUCACCCACAGCCACCUCACCCACGACCGAAUACCCUUUUCCUAGCAUUUCGCAAAGACAACAUGGAGGUCCAAGAGGUGCCUUGCGCCGUGGAUCGACCUCAAGCUCCAUUGCCAGCACUCUCGACACGGCUUCGCUCAGCAACGCUACAAUAACAGAGACCAGCCAAAAUGCCAUCUCAACAUUACUGCAACACCCCAUAAUCCACACCGGCUUGAGAACAGCCAAUGUCCCUUCCAGUUCAGGCUACAAAGCUCCCACGACUCGCGAUAUUCCCCCCGUCGCCCUCACGAAUAUCCCGCACAUCGAAGCCAAGGCCUUCUAUCCUUACCUAUCGCAGGUUGGUUCGCUCUAUGAAGCAUUCCAACGGGCAAAAAAUGAGGGCGAGGGCGAGACAUCAUUGUUCCACCGAGACAAGAAGGAAAACAAGAAUGAAGAGUGGGAAGCCAUUCUCAGCAAGCGCCUGCAAAGGCCUGGCCAUUCACGGACAAGCUCCGUGAGCUCGACGGUAUCCAGUCCCUUAGAGCCGCCUCAGCCGAAAAGAAGACAGAGUGGCCAACGUCGGCAGGCGGUCACGCCCUUGUCGACGAUCCCGACCGUCUACUCGGACGAGGAUUUCCACCUCGAGAACCCCAGGACGUUUGAUAUCGUCUCUGAAAACUCGGAGAUCGUCCGUGACCCAAGCGGCACUCCUUCUGGGAGGAAAUCCCUGGCUACAAAUGCGAUCCUGCAGGAGAAAUUAUCGUGGUACAUGGAUACAGUCGAGGUCCACCUAAUUAACUCGAUAUCAACGGCGUCCAAGUCCUUCUUCUCCGCACUCGGCUCUCUUCGGGAGCUGCACAAUGAGGCUGCGGACUCGGUAGACCGCAUUCAGAAACUGCGGAGGGAGCUGGCGAAACUCGACAAGGAAAUGGCUAUCGAUGGACUGAAAGUCGUCAAUCUGAAGCAGCGUCGUGACAACGUCCGUCAAUUGGCACAGGCCAUCAUGCAACUCGAGGACAUCGUCAUAUCGGUGCAAACAUGCGACGAAAUGGUUGAAAGAGGCGAGAUUGAUGAAGCAUUGGAUCGUUUAGAUGACGUGGAAGCCUUGAUGUCCGGUAAGGAGGGCAAAUCUCUCCAGACGGACCAACAGUCCCGAUAUAAGCGACGUGAUUUACGAAGAAUCAAAGCCCUCGAGGGUGCUUUCGACGACCUGAAUCAGUUGCGCCAGCGGGCCGGUCGGGGAUAUGAAACCCGAUUUCACAACAGCCUGCUCAGCGAUAUCCGAAGGCAUGUGGAGCAGACAGAGACUAGCAUGACCCUCCAAAGGUGGGGAGUCGCCUAUACAAGACCUAAACCGGGCCAAAGGAGAGCACCGUCUGCGUUCCCCGGGUACAUGAAUAUUGGAUCGGCGCUACGAGCUGAACUCGAAGCUGAGAUGAGGGGCCUGUCGAGGGCCAGGUAUACCACUCCGGCAGCUACUAGUUUCAGAGCAAUCGUCUUGCGCGAGAUGAAGAGCAUGAUUCGGAAGCAGCUCCCGAGCUCCAACGACGAUGACAAUGUUUCUACAGUCUCUGCUUCAACAAUGGGUGGAAGAAACAUGAGCCAGCAAGAGAAGUCGUCGAUUCUGGCUAGAAAUCUGAGAGCCUUGGAUGCGCAAGAUUGGUAUCAGAUGCUGGCCACCAUCUACACAAACAUUAGUGAAGGUCUGCGCCGGCUCAGCGUGCAAGUCAAAAUUUUGCUGGACAUCACGAGCAAUUUGCCAGACCACAUGAUCAAAUCGCCUCCGAGAACUCCUGACCCUGCAAGUAUCGAUAGAGUCAUGAGCCCUCCGACAGGCCGAGCUCGGGCUACCAGUUCCGUGCAAGCAGAAAUGCAGCAAGUUCUGGAUCUCUCCAGUCUUCUGGGAGAAGGUGUGGAUCUUGCACAGGCACAGAUCACUAAGGUAGUCAGGGUCCGGUCACAGCAAAAUUCGGAGUUGUCGUUGCCUGAUUUCUUGAAAUACUUCACGCUCAACCGACUGUUCGCCGAUGAAUGUGAAGCGAUAUCUGGCCGCAGCGGCACCGGCCUCAAAAGCGUCCUCGACACCCAAAUCAAGGAUUUUGUGGCGCGAUUUGCAGACUCUCAGAAGCAUGAAGUGAUCAAGGUGAUGGACGCCGAUAAAUGGGAUGCUAGAGAUUUCGGCGAACGCGAAAAUGAGAUCCUCACUCGGGUCAUGGAAGGCAGUACCAACGAUGCUCUUCCCUGGAUUGAAAGCACGAUGAUCUGGCAAGCUUCGACUAAUGGCGCUGAGACAAGCAACGGUGCUGCAAUUAAUGGGACGGCUGCUGCAGGCGCAAAAGUGCGCAGCGCUGUAAUCGACGAACAGAAGUACAUACUCCCAGAAUCUGCCAUCGCCAUGCUACGAUCCAUGGAAACAUUCCAACACCUAGCAGCUGGCAUCCCGAGCAUGAGCAGUGAGGUGGCGACUUCCUUGCUGGAAAGUCUCAAGUUGUUUAAUUCACGAAGCUCCCAACUGAUCUUGGGGGCCGGCGCCACUAGGAGUGCAGGGCUGAAGAACAUCACGACAAAACACCUGGCGUUGUCGUCCCAAGGAUUGAGCUUCAUCGUCGCACUCAUACCGUAUGUGAGGGAAUUCUUCCGCCGUCAUGUCCCUUCCUCGACCGCCUCACAAGUUAUGACCGAGUUCGACAAGGUCAAGCGUCUGUUCCAGGAACACCAAAAUGGUAUACACGAGAAGCUCGUCGACAUCAUGUCCGGGCGAGCGUCGAUGCACGUCAAGGCGAUGAAGAACAUUGACUGGGAAGAAGCGGCCAAGAACACGGCCGUGCACGUGUCACCGUACAUGGAGACCUUGACGAAAGAAACGGCCACGCUGCAGAAGGUACUGGCCAAGCAUUUACCGGAACCUGUGGUUGCGGGGAUCAUGGUACCGGUGUUUGCCAGUUACCGAGAGCAGUGGACGAACGCGUACAGAGAUGUUAACAUCAAGUCCAUGAAGGCAAAGGAAAGGUUAUUGGCCGAUGCAUCAUUCUUCAAUCUACGAAUCAGCAAGAUUGACGGAUCGGGCGAUCUGGGCGAGCAUAUCGUCAAAGUCGUCGAGGGAAAGGCAGUGGUCAGCAGUGCAGCACCACCAGCUACCGCUCCAUCUGAAAUACCUGUGACAGCAGAAGUGGUAGAACAGAAGCAAGAAUCCUCUGCACAGGAGAAUGGAGAGAAGAAAGACGAGGGUACGAAGAAGCAGGAUGAUGACAAGACGUAG